AUGCAAUGUUGUGUACAAUGAAUGCAAUGUUUUUGAUGUAUUGAUUGUAUGAAUCAUUGAUAUUAUUGUCAAAUGUGUUAAAAAUGCCGACAAUUAGUGACAAUCAGAGACCAAGAGAUGGUCACAAACCAAAUUUGGUGGUCUUAUUGUUGUUUGUAUUGAUUGUAUCGAUAGUAUUGUUUUAUUUGACCAAAAGUGAUGAUUUGGUCGCAUUUGUUAUCAUAUGUGUCAUCAUUUUGACCAUCUCUUCACUCGUAAUAUGUUGUGUCCGCUGUUGUUGUCGCCGUCGUCUGAGUCGAGGAGCUGUUCUUAGUCCACAUUUGGUGGUCACACAAGUCGUGACUAACGGAACUACUGGUCAACAAAAUAGCGCUAAUAAUGUGAGAACCGCUGAUUUAAGACAUCAAAUGACAUCACAUUUACGACAACACACAACACCAUUGAUGCCAUCCAUGACUUACCCACCAGUGUCUUGUAUGCCAACUGCGCCACCAAUAGAUGAAUCAAGUGAUAGUCAGUGGUCUGAUAACCAUAAGUUGCCGACUUAUGAAGAGGCUGUUCAGUCCAAGUAUUGACCAAUUGGUCCACAUUUGCCUUAUAUUUGGUGAUAAUAUUGUUAAAACAAUAAGAAAGUGAUUCUCAUUUUUGAAAUAUUUUUAAAACUAAAGUAAAUACUCAAUCUAUUUAUGU